AGUUAUCGGUUGGUCAGAGCUGGAUCGGCGCAGCCUACCACUACGUUUUUCGCCGGCCUAUGCCGAUUUCUGACUUGGUUCUUAAUUGCAUCAUCUUCUCGGGUCUCUCCUCAGCUUUUUUUAAUCGGACUCUUUUCAAUUUGGUCACCUGAUUGCGUCUUAUAUACCAUAUCUAGUUGCCUACAAAAUCUCCAACCCGCAGUGCCGGUGGCUUGAGAGUUCAGUCGGUCUUCAUACAAGUACCACAGUGCGCGGUAUUUUUGGCGCCGCGACGCGGCGGCUGUGGCUGGCUUCAGCGACGUGCGUCGACGGGACAAGACGGCGGGCGACUGGAGGCGUGACGCAGGCGGCGGGAUGGCGCCAUUCUCGGUGAGCGACGUCCUCCACUGUUCGUUUCCUCACCUCCUUGCCGGCCCGUCUAUAAAUUCCCGAGCCAGUGGUGCCUUCGCAUCCCUCUCUCCCUCGUUAGAGCGCAGGAGGUCGACCAGAGAUGCAGAAGAAGAGUGGGAAAAAGUCCGCGGGUUGUGGCGCUGGCGCUGCAAAGAAGGCGAGGACUUCAACGAAGGAGGCCAAGCUAGACGCCGUGCAGGGAAAGGAAGGAGAGACUUUCCUGACCUUCUCCAUGGAUCCCGACGUGUUGGAGUGUCCCAUUUGCUUCGUACCUUUCGCGGCCGAAGUGUACACGUGCAGGAACGGGCAUGGUGCUUGCGCCAACUGCUGCAUCCGCAUAAAUAGGAAGUGCUGGUGCUGCAGUGAGCCCAUCGGCGACUUCCGGAACCGGCAACUGGAGAACGUCCUGGCCGCCAUGAUCACCCCUUGCAAUUACAAGAAGUUCGGCUGCGGAGUGAGCGUCAAGUACACCGACAAGCGUAGCCACGAGGAGACCUGCCCGUACGCGCCGUACGAGUGCCCGUUCGACGGCUGUAGCUACAGCGGGUUGCUGCUCUGCCACCACGUCCGGCGCGAGCACCCGCCGGACGCGGUUUACGACUUAAGCUACGUCCUGGGCACGACGGUCACGCUGCACAAGGACGUGCCGUUCCUCGUGCUCUUGCAGCCCAGCUUAGGGCUCGUGUUCCUGCUGCUCAACGGCGGCGACGUCCUGGCGGGGCGUUCUCUGUCCCUGCUCUGCCUCGGGCCACGUUCCCACGGGGACGUGGAUCUGGAGUACAGGAUGGAGGUGAACGGCGCCGAGCCAGGCGCGCUCUCGCUGUCGGCGUCGGGCACCGUGCCGUGCGCCCGUCGGCUCGGCUCGUUGCAGGCCAAGGGGUUUCUGUUCGUGCCGGAUGCAUACUGGGGCCCCUCCGGCUGCGUCUCCGUUAAAGUUAGUGUGUGAUGUCGCACGGUGUUGGUGCUUGACAAGGAUCUAGCUGACGAAAUGUUCCUUUCAUCCCGGCUGGACCGCAGCUUGCUUUUGCGUAUCACUAGUCGUGUUGCAUGGUUAUCUUCGGGUUGAUUAGUACGUUGUUCGUCUUGUGUAGCCAUGGUUGUGUCGUGGCCGCUUUUGCUAUCACUUUUAUGCAUCAUGUGCAAGUACUAUGUGUGGUAAGCUUCCACUUUUAUGCUCAUGAGCAAGUACUGUGUGAUAAACUGGUAACAGGUUCGUCGCCCUACGUGGUUCGGAUUGCAGUCAA